AGCGAAAAAAUCGAAAAUGAGUGGAGGAAAAGACGAAGCCAGCGACAAAGCGCUCCUAAAAAUCCUAAAAUCUAAAUCACCGAACACAAUUGCCAUUUUCUCACGAGGCGAAUACUUUUCUGUGUAUGGCGAUGACGCCACCUUUGUCGCUACUAACAUUUUCAAGAGUGAUGUUUGCGUCAAAACGUUCACUUUAUCAACCGACAAUUCUCAACAAAUGAAGUACAUUUCCGUAAAUCGUGGACAAUACGAGAAGGUCGUUCGUGAAACCAUCGUACUGCUCAGAUGCUCCGUUGAGCUAUACUCGAGUGAACAGGGAGAGUGGAAAAUGACGAAGCGUGGAUCUCCAGGAAAUACUGUGGAUUUUGAGCAAGAAAUUGGAGUGUCAGAUCAGGCUCCGAUUCUUGCAAUCUAUAUUCAUCCAGGAGAUGAUGAUAAUCGAGUAACAUUGUGCGCUUGGGAUGCUGGAAAUGUUCGCAUUGUGAUCAGUGAAUACAUCGAUACUCCUUCUUUUUCUCAAACGGAACAAUGCAUUUUUGGACUAUGCCCCACAGAAUAUAUUCUAGUGAAUGAAGGAUCAGUUGCACCGAAGGCUAAGAAAAUAGCAAGCAUGUUCACGAGAAUGGAGGUUCACAACAAGCAACAGCUGAAGCCAAAGUCACAAUGGAGCGAUGUAAUCGAGUCGGUUCAUCUGGAUUAUAAAGAUGAAGCCGAAAAACAAAACGAAAACAUCAAGGAAUGCCUUCAAAUUCUACACUCGAACGCAGCCGAUGAAUACAGUAUUUCUGAGAAGUAUAGUAUUUUCAAUUACGGAACUCAUGGAAAUAUGCUGAUUGAUUCAUGUGCUGUGGAGGCUCUGGAGCUUUUCCAAUUGAAUUAUAAUUAUUUGGAGAAAUCGAAUAAUUUGACGCUCUACAAUGUUUUAAACAAAUGCAAGACUCUUCCUGGAGAGAAGUUGCUCCGUGAUUGGCUUUCUCGUCCACUUUGCCAGAUCGAUCACAUCAACGAGCGACUGGAUAUUGUUGAAGCUUUGUUCGAGAAUCAGACAAUCCGUCAGAAGCUCCGCGAUUCCAUUCUUGCAAGAAUGCCAGAUUGCUCUCAACUAGCUCGUCGUCUCAUGAGAAAAUGCACUCUUCAGGAUCUCAAUCGAUUCUACCAAGCUGCAACUCUUCUCGAGACUGUCGAAAUGCAAUUGAUUCAACUUUCAGAAGCUGAACAGUUUGCCCCAUCGAUUAAUCGUCUUCUUAAAUCAGAAAUCACCGAAAUUCUGAAGAAAGUCGAACGAUUCCAAGUGCUCUGUGAUGAGUUCUUCGAUUUCGACUAUGAGAAGGAGAACAAAGAGAUUCGUGUUCGCGUCGAUUUUGUUCCAGAGAUCCAGGAGAUUAGUGAGAAGCUGGAGCAAAUGGAGAGAGUCGCGGAGAAGUUGCGCAAGAAAUAUUCCGCGAAAUUCGAAUGCGACAAUUUGAAGUUGGAUAAGAAUUCUCAGUAUGGAUUUUAUUUCCGAGUCACUUUGAAGGAAGAAAAGUCGAUCCGCAAAAAAGAUGUUCAUAUUCUCGAAACAACAAAGGGCAGUGGCGUGAAGUUUUCGGUUGGAGAGCUCAGCGACAUUAAUGAUGAGUUCCUCGAAUUCCAUCUGAAAUACACCAGGGCAGAAGAGGAGGUUAUCUCGAUGCUGUGCAAGAAAGCCGAAGAAUUUAUUCCAUUGAUUCCUGCUAUGGCUCAGCUCAUCGCAACUCUCGACGUCUUCGUCUCACUUUCCACAUUUGCCGCCACCUCAUCCGGGAUCUAUACUCGACCGAAUCUUCUUCCUCUUGGAUCGAAGCGUCUCGAGUUGAAACAAUGUAGACAUCCGGUUAUUGAAGGAAAUAGUGAAAAACCUUUCAUUCCGAAUGAUGUGGUUCUUGAUAAAUGUCGCUUGAUCAUUCUCACCGGAGCCAACAUGGGUGGAAAGAGCACUUACCUCCGAUCAGCAGCUCUUUCCAUUCUUCUCGCCCAAAUCGGAUCGUUCGUUCCAUGCUCCUCCGCUACAAUUUCGGUCGUUGAUGGGAUUUUCACACGAGUUGGUGCAUCCGACAAGCAAUCGCAAGGAAUUUCCACAUUUAUGGCUGAAAUGCUCGAUUGCUCUGCGAUUCUUCAAAGAGCCACUAAGAAUUCAUUCGUGGUAAUUGAUGAACUUGGAAGAGGAACUUCGACGUUUGAUGGAUUUGGAAUAGCAUCGGCUAUUGCACAGGACAUUUUGAAUCGUAUCCAAUGUCUAUCCAUCUUCGCCACACAUUUCCAUGAGAUGGGAAAACUCGCUGAACAGCCGGGAGCUGUUGCCCUUCAAAUGGGAGUUCAAAUCGAGAAUAAUGAAAUUCACAUGCUCUACAAGGUUUUCGAGGGAGUUGCACAGUGCUCCUUCGGCCUCCAAGUUGCCAAAAUGGUUGGAAUCGAUGAAAAUGUCAUUAAUAAAGCGGCCCAACUUCUGGAAGGCCUCGAGAAGAAGCUUGUCAUCGAUAGCAAGAAGAAGAAGGAACUUCUCGAAUCAGCAGAUAUCCGACAAGCCAUUCUCAGCCUUGUCAAAUAACUCAAUUUCAUAUUUUAUCUUCCUACAAUUCACGUAUUUUGUUUUAAAUUGUGAAUAAACCUAUUAUUAGAAUAU